AUGACGACUGAGAUUGGCUCCAGCACUCCCGCGACCCUCGUGAGGAUAGGCGGCUCAGUAAAUGGAUGGAGAGAUAAAUCUGUUUAAAGAUGUUAAAACACGAGAUUCUGCAUUUGACCACCAGGGGGCAACCUUUUCAAUCGUUUCUUUUAACUGCUUCCUACAAACCUGCCAUUGAUAAAUGUUGAAUUUUUAAAAAUGAGUCAUUAUAACUAGAUCUUUUAAUCAAAAUCUUACAGUUGACCGACUACAAACCCUCCCCACACACAUUUGGACAUCUUCAGUUUUGACAAAGGAAGUAGUAUUGGGGGAAUUACGUAAUCCCAGCGCCGCUCGGUUACCGCAUCCUGUUGUCCGUGUUUGACGUUUUAAUGUCGUAUCGUACGAGUCACGCCCGGCUGUAAUGGUGGACGACUGAAGGGAGCGAAACGGAAUACAACUCGAGUGAAGAAAAGAGGAAAACGGUCGAAAGUCUCGCUUUUGACUUAAGACACGGGCUUCGUCGAAAAUGGAUGAACUUAAACAUCAAGUGAUGAUUAACCAGUUCGUCCUGACGGCGGGUUGCGCGGCAGACCAGGCGAAGCAGCUCCUGCAGGCGGCACAUUGGCAGUUCGAGACUGCCCUCAGUGCCUUUUUCCAAGAAACAAAUAUCCCAUAUGGCCAUCAUCAUCAUCAAAUGAUGUGCACACCAGCCAACACACCAGCGACACCCCCCAACUUCCCAGACGCCCUGACCAUGUUCUCCCGGCUCAAAGCGUCCGAGAGCUUCAACAGCGGCAGCCCCAUGGCGGCGUCCGCGGCCACCUCUCCUCCACCCCCUCAAGUCGGCGGCUGGGGCGUGUCACCCAACAUGCCCAACGUGCCGCCGCCCUCGCAAGGACUUUGGACUCAGGGGCAGCCCCCCACACAGCCCUGCCCCGCCUGGCCUACGGGCGUCAACCCCCACGCGGGCGCCGAGCAAAGGCCAGUGUAGCGAUGGAGGCGGAGAGAUGAAUUGCCACGCCCCCGCCCCGGCCCCCCUAUCUCGCCGCCUCUUGAUCCAACCUGGGGAGAAGGGGCGAUACUUUGAUCAUUUGUCGUUUUUCCAAAAAACGGAUGUGGCAAGUUGGACGUGGAAAGAGACGGAAUCCUCGCAAACCAAGAAAAACUUUGGGUGAACAAUUUCAAGGAGAAAACCAAUGCAAAUACAAAAGUAGACAAAAAAAAUACAAGAUACGCACAUGCAUAGUAAUAAGAGUAUGUGAAAUCUUAGUUUUUUUUUCUUACAUAAAUGUUAAAUAUUUGAAUUUGGAAAAAGAAAACGUCACGCCCAAGGAUUAUCUCUGAUGUUCAAGGACUUUCAAGGCAGCAAAUCAAUUUUGUAAUUUUUUUGUUAAGCCCCCCCCCAACCCGUAAACUCUUUUUUUUAUCAGCCAGUGUGAUUAUUUUUGGCCCCCUUACCCACAAACUGGUCUUGUGUUUUUUUAUUUUGUUUUUUUUUUUUUUAUCUUUCAUUUGUCUGUGCUGCAUGACGAGAGAGGAAUUUGCAACACAGUGUUUUAAAGUGACUGAAGCAUCGCGCACAAGAGCGUGUACACGUGUACAUAUGUACACGUGCGUGGAUGUUUUACGUGUUUUCGCAGCUCUGGUCGGAAUGCAUAUGCGGAAAUCUAUAUAAAUGUCUAUGUAAACACGAAUACACGCGUUAGAGGAAACACCUCCAUAUUGUCAUCCCCAUCGUCAAGGCGGGGCUUCUUACCUCACCUGGUGGUCACCUGACUUCUUUUUAGCCAAUCAGGGAUUCUUCUUAAACCAAUUGUUUGCGCUGACGACACAGGACAUGUUCUUAACAUUUUUGUUUGUUUGUUUUUUUCUUAAAUGCAGCGGCCACUUUUGGUUCAUGCUCGCCUCUCCGCAAAAACACAACGGCUUAUUUUUAAACCUGAGUCUACAAACUGUAUACUUUUAUGAGAUUAUGGGUUGUACAAGAAAAUAAAAACAUCACUAGUGGUUUAAUAUAAUAUUGUUUGUAACGAUGAUAGUUUUAUUAUCUGGGAGGACUUAAGGGCGGCGGUUCUGCUAAAGCAGCUGAAUUGGCUCCAGGUGGGGGGGGGGUGAGACUACUCCAUUUUUUUCGACUCUUUGUAAACAUGUUGCAUGACUUGUCAAUAAGAUCUUUUAUAGCAAAAAUUCCACAAGGUUUCCAAAACUAAUAAUGACAACUAACUCAUCUCAAAAUGAACCCAAACUUUACAAAAUGACCUGUUGCUAUAUUACGGAGGUUUGUGCGACCCUGAUAGGUUAUUUGGUUUGGAUAAGUAUUAGGGCAACACUAAAAAGAGAAAAUAAAUUGAGUCAAGAGAAAAGUCAUAUGAUUACUAGAAUUAAAAUAUAUCUAUCUAUAUAUAUAUAUGUUUUUUAUGAAAUUAUUCUUGUUAAAACUAGUGAUGCACUGAAAUUUUGGUGGCUAAAAGUGACCCAUUAAUGUCUUUUGGGUUUUGGGCCAAAACUCUUGUGUUGCCGAAAUGAUGUUCCCUCACGUCCGUGGCGGCGAAACAGCUCCACUUGUGGAGACAUGUAAUCGUGAUCACCGAGGCCAGGAGAGAGACUGGAAGAGAUGGGUACGCCAUGCUAGUCACUAAGCUACUCUUGACAAUGAUGUCGCAAAACACCAAAAUAAGUGUGGGGAGUAAAAAAAAUAGCAGGCAACUUAGUAAGUUUUUAUAGAAGAAAAUAUCGUGGUUUAUGAGAGACACCCAUACAGAAACCAGAAAUGAAAUAGAACAUCACCACUGUUACGUCAGUUGAGAUAAAAUGAGCAAAUAAAAGUACAUUUUUACAGUACAAAGCAUCCUUUUUUGGAUCCACAAUGAGGAAAUUUGCAUUAUUUCAGUAGCAAUAGUGAGCAUGCAGAAGACAUUUGACUGCAAAUGCAUCCCAUUUCAAGGUUGAUGCAAUAAAUACAUAUUGAAGCCAUAACAUAUUAAAGAUUACAGUAAUGAUUAUGUUGUGAAAUUGAACGCUAUACAGGAUUGAGCUUAUCCUAUCACGUAAAAUACACUGCAAUAACUAUGCUGCGGUAAUAUUGACAUUUUAAAUUUAUGGAAAUUCUUGCAAAUUGGAAGUGAAUUUUCAUAAGUUGGCAGCUGUCAGUAUUUACUUUCGGAGUUUCGGCAAGUAGUUUGGCAAGAAUUUUCAUUUUGGUGCAUCACUAGCAAAAACCCUUCUUGUAACAAGAAUUAUAUUUUGUAAAAUUGGUACUUAAUUUUUGUGAGUUUUUUUUUUUCCUGAAAUAUGAUAGCGCUCAUAAUUUUACUGUUGAUUUUUUUUUUUUUUUUUUCAUGUGGCCCUAAUGCUCAUUCGCAAUGAAGACACAAAAAGGGUUAAGGCUCAUGUUCACGAAAAGAUUUUACAACAUUCACGUGUGGAACAAGUUGCUGGUCUGAUUUACUAAAGUGGGGGGCAAGGGGUAGCUCACGGGUGACCCUGAUUUAUGGCAAUGUAAUACAUGCCUGGUCCGGCCUUGGUUUUAAUGGUUUUUUUUUUCUCCCCCAACUGAGAAAAAAAAAAGUUAUCUAGCUGGUGGAUUUUUUUAGAUACAUAUAUUUAGCGACAUUAUGGAUACAAUAACUUAAAAUAAUCAUGUUAUUAUUUUUGAUUCAACUUGUUCUGCAGUUCAUCUUUCCCACGCUUCAUACUUUAUUUGGUUAAAUCGGAGUGUUUUUCUGGGUUGGCCUGUUCAGAAAUGGCUUCUCAUGUACAUCCACCCCUCCCCCACUUUGUAUGACUAUGAGACCAUUCCCACAAUAUUUGUGGACUACCUGAUAAUUAACUUAUCAUUUUUGUGAACCUAAAUAAAUAUUGUUUG